ACCCAUGAUAGACGAUAUUACAAUAUUGCCCUUAGCAGUUAUUUUUAAUAACUGCCACUCCCUCUCUUAUUUAAAAUGGAUGUAACUUUCAUUGGGAGGUUAACAGUAACAAAAACAGAAGCAGAAGAACAGUGAUCAAUACAGUACUCUUCCAAAAUCAAUUCUCUGGAAGGACUCUUGCAGAAACGAGAGAGAAAAUCAGCAAAUUGUGUUAUGGAAAUUUUCAGGAGUGCAUCGGAUCACCAAAUCGUUAUCAAUUGUCAGAUUCAGGCAACCGGGGUGAACAUAUUGACUAAGGACUACUAUUUGAAUUAUAAGAUGAAUCAAGUGCACAAUCUUUUCACUCACCUUGGUGUCAUGCAUGAGAGAUAUAAUGAUUUAAAAGACAAGGACAUAAAAUUAACUGAAAAGGAGAGGAUAUCUGGAUUACUAAGAUCAUUGCUAGAUUAUUGGACUUCAAUAAUUUCUAAUCUUGUCCGGGGCAAGAAAUUCAAGAAUUAUUGGCAAUGUGUGGAUGAAUUACAGCUCGUUGAAAAACGUAGAAUAGUAAUGAAUAUAAGAAAAUCUACAUCACUCUCAAUUUUCCCAAAUCAACGAAGUGCGAGGCAUGUAAGGUAUCGCAAGCAUGAUAAUAAUUUUAUCUUAGAUAAAGUUACUCUUAGUAUUGUUAGAGAUAAAGAAAAUGUUUUUUCUCAAUCUGAUUGGUGGAGAUCAAAUCCUUAUAAAUAUGAAGAGCGUUUGAUUAACAGGAUGCCCUAUUUUAAAUUGUACAAAUCUCAAGCCAAGGAUGGUUCAGAAGUUAGUCAUAAUCAUUGAAUUUCAUGUCCAUAUUUAUUUCAUGCAUAUUUGUUUAUUUUUGAAUUAUUGUUAUGUUGAACUCUCAAUGUUGAUAUAAUAUAUAUGUUUUAUGGAUUAUUUGUGGGAAUUCUGAGACUGAUAGAAUUCAAUUAUUCUCGUCUAGAAUAUACAUUGAUGCGAUUGGAUUAAUUGU